AUGAGCAACUCACAGGAGAAGGAUAUUCCGGUUGUGAAAAAGAUCGUCACUAAGGAUGAGCCCGAAAGCUUGACCUUCUUAAGAAGAGUAAUUGUUCUUGCCCUUGUGAUCUUUGUGUUAUCACUUGGAUUACCACUUUGGUUUAAUACCACCACCAUAUAUCGUGCUGAACUCCCAUUAGAUGAGAUAUCACACUUGUCACACAAUUUUCAGAAGGAAUUAAACUUCCAUAUUCCUGUCUAUGUGGAUAUUCCAAACCUGAUUAUCUCACCAGCGCAACAACAGAUUGAUUCAAAGAUCCAAAAUGAUUACCCACAAUUGGUUGGAUUAUGGAAUAUUGAAUUGAAACAAGCAUUGGAUUCAAUUGAUUCUUCAAAAGAUUACUUGGUAAAACUUGAAAAGCAUCAAGAUCCAGCUGCGACUUCUGAUUCCUACUCUGUUUCCCCCUUUAAUAAAGAAACUAUUCUUUAUGCUGUUGAUGGUUCAAGUCAAAUCGACCAGCUUUUAACUACUGUCUUAAUUGAACAUGUAUUCAAAGAAGAGCUUGAGAUGUUUGUAAGGGUAAUCGAUGGUUCUACCACUGGAGAAUCUACCGAUAUAGAUGUGGCCAUGCCGUACUCUUCACAAUAUAACGUGGUAUUUUCUCUUUUCACAGAAGCUGGACUGCCUAUUGAUUGGCAAAUUGAAAAAGUAUCUAAGCUUUUCAAUCCAAUUUUGGAAAAUUUGAAUCAUUUUGCAAAUUUUUCCAUUAGCACUCAAGUACAAUAUUAUUCAAAACUUACAUUUGAACCAACUUAUGAUGAAGAAAGACAAGUUUAUGAAGUUCAAGAAGAUGAAUUAUCUACAUUUAUUAAUUUUGGAGAUUGGAAUUUAAUUUCUCAUGACAUCAAACCAACCAUUAACUUUUUGACUUAUUUCCCAGAAAGUAAUUACAAGGGGAAACCUUUAUUGAUCAAGAAUUCUGAAACUAAUUCAUUCUUGGUACCACAAUGGGGUGGUGUUUACAUUUUCAAUAAGGGUAUGCCAAUAUUGGAGGGAAGAAACAUUGGCUUGCUCGAAUCGGAACUUAUUCCUAUCAUGGAGAUUUUUGUUUCACAAUUGUUCCAUUUACUUGGUAUGACAUCAACACCUAAAUCACCCUUAAUCAGAAUCGAUACAUUAUCAAGAGUUACAACAUUUAAGAAUUUACGUCAAUCAUUAGAGAAUUUACAAUCACUUGUUAAAUUAACUGAAUCAUUGGAUGGAAUUUCAAUUCCAGAAUCAACCAAAAAAUAUGUUGAACUUACAGUGGAAUUCAUUCAUAAAUCUAUACAGGAAGCUAGUGAGAAUCAUAACUUUCAUAAAUCUAUAGAUUAUUCAUCAAGAGGAGUUGAAUAUUCUGAUAAGGCCUUUUUCGAAAAGGAAAUGGUUCAACAAACAUAUUUCCCUCAAGAACAUAAAUUAGCCGUCUACUUGCCAUUACUUGGACCCCUCUUAUCCAUCUUAUCCAUUGGAGUUUUUAAGACAUUGAAAGAUAUGAAGAGUGAUAAGAAAAAGGUUAAGGUUGAAUAA